AUUUAUUCAAUGAUUUACCGCUGAUUCUUCCACCUCCUUCACAACUUGAUAUUGAAAACCCAGAUUUGGAUGGUUAGUAUUCAAACUCGGAUGACAAGGAUGGGUUAUCAGAGGACGACGACAACGCUGAUCAUAUUAUUUGUAUUUGGGCAAAUGUGCAAGCAUGUUUGUUUUGUAUGGAUGGAGAGCAGGUCACCUGGUUAGCAUUUUCAACCAUCAGAUUUCAGAUUGGAUAUCCAGCGGUCCAUAUAUUAUUAUGCUGACACGUGCCCCAAGCAUGGCAAGCUCGCCCGGAGCAUUGUUUGAAACAAAAACAAAGCUGGGAGUGCCUCAGAUUUGAAUACGGUAGCUGCCGGAGCUCUUCCUGCCGCCACUCAAUUUCGACACUAAUCCAGUCCAGAUUGAAGGUUUAGUAUGUUGGGCUCUCGGGCUUCAAGAUUUGGACUUUUGAUACUGAAACACCUUACCGGAGGAGGCAAAUCCAUCAGUACACCAACAUAUGCAACUCGUUCUUUCAGCCAAUUCUUGCAACCUCGGUAUGAUCAACAGUCCGGGACCAAGUUGUUCAGGGGAGCCAUCUUUCAGAAGCAUAAUCAUUUUUCUACCACCACUGCCAGCUCUUCAGAUCAAGGGACUGAGCAGAAAGAAACGAUAUCUGUGACCUUUGUUGACAAGGAUGGAGACGAAAAACAUAUAAAGGUUCCAAUUGGGAUGUCUAUGCUAGAAGCUGCUCAUCAAAAUGAUAUAGAACUUGAAGGAGCCUGUGAAGGUUCACUUGCCUGUUCAACAUGUCAUGUGAUUUUAAUGGACGUGGAAUAUUACAACAAAUUAGAAGACCCAACUGAUGAGGAAAAUGAUAUGUUGGACUUGGCAUUUGGACUUACAGAAACGUCUCGUCUGGGUUGCCAAGUCAUUGCAAGCCCUGAACUUGAUGGAGUUCGUUUAGCUAUUCCUGCUGCCACCCGAAAUUUUGCUGUUGAUGGCUAUGUACCAAAACCACACUAGAGAUAUAGGACAGUUCAGGAAGAGUUGGUUAGGGAUGUAAAUCGGUAUUUAUCCCAUUUUUGUAGCUUCUCUCAUUUUAUUGGCCCAAAGCACCAAUUGAGUUUAACCUUCGUUCUUUUAGCGGCUACUGCUAUCAUUAUGAUUGCUGCUAUUUUUAUAAGUGCAGUAGUUAGAUAAUUUAUACCAUAUUGAAGAGGCUUUGUUAUCUCUUUUUGUCCGACCA